UUUUAAUAAAUAUAAAGACACGUGUAAUUUUGUCUUGACUAGCCAAAAAAAAAAAGUAUUAUUCCAAGUUGUGAAGCUCACGUAUAAUGUAUAAGCUUGUCGACCAUUAAGAGUUAAGGAGCUCCCUAUAUAUAAGGUUUAUGAAGUUUGACAUUUAUUACUAACGAUUUGUAUAAGUGUAGCAAAAGAAAAACAAAAAAAAAAAAAAAUGGGUCGUCAGAUAAAUUUCAUGGUGGUGGUGGUGGUGGUGGUAGCAACCAUGACGGUGAGAUCGACAAUGGCGGGUUACAGUGCGUACACACCAUCGACCUCCUACACGCCGUCGACCUCCUAUUCACCACCAGAAACAUGGCAAUCAGGGCAUGCUACGUUUUAUGGGGAUGAAAGUGGUUCUGAGACUAUGGGAGGAGCGUGUGGGUACGGAAACUUGCAUGAUAGCGGCUACGGAUUUGAAACGGCAGCACUUAGCACGGUGAUGUUCAACAAUGGUAACGCUUGUGGUACGUGUUAUGAAAUCAAGUGUGUCAAUUCAAAAUGGUGCUUUACCGAUGCGCCUUCGAUUAAGAUCACGGCCACCAACCUCUGCCCUCCUAACUGGUACCAGGCCAACGAUGCCGGCGGGUGGUGCAACCCACCUCUCUCCCAUUUUGACUUGUCUAAACCCAUGUUCAUGAAGAUUGCUGAAUGGACUGCUGGCAUUAUUCCCGUCAGCUAUAGAAAGGUGUCAUGUGCAAGGACAGGAGGGAUUAGAUUUCAAUUCCAAGGGAAUCCAUAUUGGCUCCUAGUGUCUGUGUUGAACGUAGGAGGAGAUGGAGAUAUAUCCCAAAUGUGGGUGAAAGGUACUGAAACUGAUUGGGUUUUCAUGAGCCGUAAUUGGGGAGCAUCAUUCCAAGCAUUCUCCAAAUUAGGAGGCCAAUCUCUUUCUUUCAAGCUACAAAAUGCAGCUGGACAAAUUGUUAUAGCUUAUAAUGUUUGCCCUAUUUAUUGGUCUAUUGGGCUAACUUACGAAGCCAAUACCAACUUUUAUUAACUAAUUACCUAACCUAACCAGAAAAAUAAUGAUCGAUGAUUUAGGACCGUCACAUUAUUUACGGCUGGUAGUCUUAGAGAAUUGUUCAAUUAUGGAAUUGUAGCAAUUGUUAAUUAUUAUUGCUUGUUACAUAUGUAGCAUUCUUUAAUUUCUCUAUAUAAUUGAAGAAGGUCGGCUACUCAUUAUGUCCUUGCGUGUUUUUAAUGAAUCCAAACAUUUAGCA